UCUCAAUCAUUACAACUGUCUCUCUGAUGGACCCAACUUCUCGCCCUGCCGUCGUCAUCGACAACGGCACCGGGUAUACUAAGAUGGGAUUUGCGGGGAAUGUAGAGCCGUGUUUUAUUCUUCCAACAGUAGUUGCUGUUAACGAGUCGUUUUUAAAACAAUCAAGGAGCUUUUCAAAGGCCAAUUGGCUAGCGCAGCACAGCGCGGGGGUCAUGGCGGAUCUCGAUUUUUUUAUAGGAGAAGAGGCUCUUGAAAGAUCACGAUCUAGUAGUACUUAUAACCUUAGUUAUCCAAUUAAGCAUGGCCAAGUUGAUAAUUGGGAUGCUAUGGAGCGUUAUUGGCAGCAGUGUAUAUUCAACUAUUUGCGGUGUGAUCCAGAGGAUCAUUAUUUUCUAUUGACUGAGAGUCCCCUUACUGCACCAGAGUCUCGUGAAUAUACUGGCGAAAUUAUGUUUGAGACCUUCAAUGUUCCUGGGCUUUAUAUUGCCGUCAAUUCAGUGCUAGCACUUGCAGCUGGGUACACGACAUCCAAGUGUGAGAUGACAGGGGUUGUAGUGGAUGUUGGAGAUGGCGCUACUCAUAUUGUACCUGUUGCAGAUGGUUAUGUUAUUGGGAGCAGCAUCAAGUCGAUUCCAAUUGCUGGGAAAGAUGUCACUCUCUUUAUCCAGCAGCUUAUGCGGGAAAGAGGAGAGAAUAUACCACCUGAAGACUCAUUUGAAGUAGCCAGGAAAGUGAAGGAAAUGUAUUGUUACACUUGUUCUGAUAUUGUCAAGGAGUUCAACAAGCAUGACAAGGAACCAGGCAAAUAUAUUAAGCAUUGGAGAGGUAUUAAACCAAAGACUGGGGCACCAUACUCCUGUGACGUUGGCUAUGAACGAUUUAUGGGUCCAGAGGUUUUCUUCAAUCCGGAGAUAUACAGCAAUGACUUCACAACUCCUUUACCAGCUGUAAUAGACAAGUGCAUUCAGUCUGCACCAAUUGACACAAGGAGAGCGUUGUAUAAGAAUAUAGUACUGUCUGGAGGAUCAACCAUGUUCAAGGACUUCCACAGAAGGUUGCAGCGAGAUCUUAAGAAAAUUGUGGAUGCCCGGGUUCUUGCAUCCGAGGCACGGCUUGGUGGGGAAAUAAAAUCACAACCUGUGGAGGUCAAUGUAGUCAGCCACCCUAUCCAGAGAUUUGCAGUGUGGUUUGGAGGUUCUGUUCUUGCAUCAACACCUGAAUUUUUUGCGGCUUGCCACACAAAAGCCGAGUAUGAGGAAUAUGGAGCAAGCAUAUGCCGCACAAAUCCUGUUUUCAAGGGAAUGUACUGACGCAAAGAUUCAUUUCAGCUGAUCCUUGGCCGACACCUCUUUGUGACGGCACACAGAGUAUUGUAUUUUCACCUCCAUUGUGCACCUCAGUUCACUUUGCUUGCCCAUAUUUGCUUAGUGCUCAUGUGUAGUUGAUUUUGAGAGGUGAUGUAAAAUAUCCACAUUAGCCUAUUGUAGCAAAAGAAAAAGAAAAAGAAAAGAAAAGAAAAGAGAUUCUUGUAUUCAUUUGUUUGUUAGGGAGCUAUAAGUCUUCUCUAAGACAAGCUGCUGGCCGACAUGUUGCCUGCACACGCUGCAAGCAUAUCAAGAUCAGAGAAGAGUUAAACAAUUAGGUAAAGACGGAAACUGAGCUGAAUUUCAUUUUUGGUUUUCGGCUUAGGGUACGGAAAAGAUUAUCUUUGCUUUUCAUUUUCGGUUAGGAGUGAUAUAUUCCGUCAAUAUAUAUUUUCAGGUAGGGAGUUGAUCUGAGUUGGAUAUUUGAAUACACUUGUAUCCUCUUUGUUUCUUGGGACAGAUUUUGUAUUUGGGUUGAAUCUUACAAGUAGCGUUAGACAAGGUCCUUUAUUUUGUCCAUGAAUCCCAUUAUGUGACUAGAUCAAAUAACCUCAGCUUAUUAAGAAGAAGUACAGAAUCUUGAUACUGGAUUUUCUGUGUAAAUGAUAUAAUGCCUUCUGGCUGAUGGUUGAAUCCCCUCUCCAAAUGUAAUUGUUUUUCCCUUUUGAUUUCCA